AUGAAAGGCUUGGUGAGCACUAGAGCGGACUCGAACCUCCGAUCGACCGUGCGGGAGCUGUUCUCAUGUUCCAUCACAUCCAAAAAAGGCUACUCUAUCAAAAAAUGGAGGUUCUGGGAAUUUUUGCCGCGUUCGUCGCUCGUUGGAAUUUUUUAUUUGGGCGGCUUUACGGAAACUAUUGCUCAUUGCAGCGUGAUCUCCUUCAUCGAAGUCCCACCAAUGAAGUACUCGGAACACUGGAGAGAAAAAGCGUCCUGUGACGAAAUGCAACGAAGCCACACCGUUUAUCGCAUUACCCAUACAGUAAACACUUCUUCUAAACAUCCACAACAGAUUGUCUCGCUUGAGCUAUCGCAGAAACUGCAUUUUGAUCAGACUUGUCACUUAAAUCUUAAGGAUUUUGUUGUAACGCAUGUUGUUAUGAAAAGUGGAGGCGUAAACGUUCGACCUUAA